AUGAAUGCCGGAAACCGGGAUACAUGUUUACCUGGGACUCGAGUGGCCAUCUUGGAAAACCUCAUUGAUUCUCUGACAGAUCCUUCCGGUCCUAACAUCAUCUGGUUUCGUGGACCGGCUGGAUCCGGCAAGAGUACGAUACUCAACUCAGUUGCCCAACACUUUUCAGAGCUGCGCCGAUGCGGCGCUUUUCUGUUCUGGGAUCGAAACGACCCUGUCAAUAGUGACCCCCUCCGUGUGAUUCAUACUCUUGCCUUCCAGCUGGCUCGCUUCAAUCCCAUAAUUGGCGCAGAACUAGCAGCACACAUCGAGAAUUCUCCCGGCAUUUCUACAUCAUCCCUCGACAUGCAAUUCAAGCAUCUUCUCGAGGAGCCUCUGACCAAGCUCGCUGGAAACCGCGAUAUGGGUCCUAUUGUAAUCGUCCUUGAUGCUCUUGAUGAGUGCGGCACUGCAGGAACGAGGAGGAAUCUCCUUCGCACGCUCUCUGAAGGUCUUGCGAGGCUCCCGAGCAUGUUCCGGUUGUUGAUAGCCAGCAGGGACGAGCACGACAUUCACGCUGCCCUAUCACGCCUUGACGUCGGCGUGCGGGGCGCACCGAUCGACGAUGAGUCGACUUCAUCCGAUAUCAAGCUACUUUUCCAACAACGUCUUGCCAGCCACACCGACACUUUCGCAAAGCAUCGUCUGCCAUCCGAUUGGCCGACACAACCCAUAAUAGAUAAGCUUGUUACUCUGUCCGGAGGUCUUUUCAUCUGGGCAUCUACGACCAUUCGCUUCAUU